UCCCAAGUUACUACACUUUUCUCCUUCUUUCUCUCUCUAAAACUCUCGCUUUCUCUCUCUAGAAAUCCUGUGUGUAUAUUUAUAGUCAGAAACAAUACACGGAGCUAAAUUCGCGUAAUCUGACUCUCGCGGAAAUACCGAUUCCAAUCGCUGGUGAUUUGUUCUUCCCCGAGCUUUACUUCAGCUGCUAAGAUUUUCAAUUUCACUUUACUGAUUUAUCUGCAAAUCUCGGAGUUUGGCAUGAGAACAUAUAAGAACAGUAUCUGUCUAUGAGAGAAUCCAAACCAUGGAGGAAUCUAUUGAAGAAGAGACACAUCCUUCUUGAUUGGGAACUUAGCAGAUUCAAGAUGAAAUCAUUCAUGGGAGUUGUCUGUACAAUAAUGUUAUACAUUGUAUAUAGAACAACCAAUUAUCAGUAUUUAGAGACAGAGCUGGACUCAAAAUUAUAUCGGUUCUACACGUCAAAGGAAACUGUGUCAGCUUCCACAAGCUUGAAGGGUUUACCUCGUGGUAUUAUUGAAGCUAAAUCAGACCUGGAAUUAAAACCUUUAUGGUCAACAAGUAAUUCAAAGUCAGAGGCUAAUAUUUCCACUACACAUAACUUGCUGGCAAUUCCAGUGGGUUUGAAACAGAAGCGUAAUGUGAAUACAAUUGUUCAAAAGUUUCUUGAAGAAAAUUUUACAAUUGUGUUGUUCCAUUAUGAUGGAAUGUUGGAUGGUUGGCAAGAUCUUGAGUGGAGCAACAAUGCCAUACAUGUUGUAGCUCAAAACCAAACAAAAUGGUGGUUUGCAAAACGAUUUCUGCAUCCAGCUGCAGUGUCUAUUUAUGAUUAUAUAUUUCUUUGGGAUGAAGAUCUUGGUGUGCAGCAUUUUAAUCCCCGAAGAUACUUGGAUAUUGUUAGAACGGAAGGAUUCGAGAUAUCACAGCCAGCCUUAGAUCCAAAUUCAACUGGUAUACAUCAUAGGAUCACAGUACGAAAAAGAACAAGUAAAUUUCAUAGAAGAGUGUACGACAGCAGAGGCAGUGUGAAAUGUUCAGAUGCCAGUAAUGGCCCACCAUGUUCCGGAUUUGUGGAAGGAAUGGCUCCGGUUUUCUCCAGGGCUGCAUGGCAUUGUGCUUGGCAUCUUAUUCAGAAUGACCUUGUUCAUGGAUGGGGAAUGGAUAUAAAACUCGGGUAUUGUGCUCAGGGGGACAGAUCCAAGAAAGUGGGAAUUGUUGACAGAGAAUAUGUUGUUCAUCAGGGAAUACAAUCAUUAGGCGGACCCUCUGCCAAAAAGACUCCAUAUGAUUCAGAUUUAACAAAGAGACACACUGUUGAUAUGCGAGCUGAGAUUAGGAGGCAAUCAACAAUGGAGCUAAAAACGUUCAAACAGCGGUGGGAAAAAGCAGCAAAGGAUGACACAAACUGGGUGGAUCCAUUCUUUAGAAGAAAACGAAGACGCAAACAAAGAACAAUUGGAAGUACUGACUCGCCCAUUUGA